AUGAAAAUAUAUAAAUGGGUUCCAGUUAAUGGAAAUGAACAAACGAAGAAAAAUCUCAAGCAAAUUGAUUCGAGCCAAAGCUCAAUGAACGACAAAGAAAAUUCGAAAAUUACCCGUACCGACGAGGACUCAAAUACUUGCAACUUUUCAGAAAUUCAGUUCCAGAAUAGUUCUGAUAAAUUUCUGUUUUCUGAAGACUCAAAUUCUCAAAUGGAAAUUCGUAUUGAAGAAUGUAAACAAUUGCAACUUUAA